GUAUGUGUGUGUGGUUUCGGCAAGGAAGACGAGUUGCUUUAUCUUUUGGAUGGGUUAGACAUGGUCGUAAUGCGAUUUAUUCUGUGAGGAAAUGGAACGAAAUAAGACUACGAAAAUGUUGCACCCAAUCUCUGUGAUUCAUAAUUUGGCAUUCCUUCAAUGCGUUCAAUCGAUAAUUGACGAUAAUAGUCUGGAUACGAAUAUAGUUUUGUUCAUGGAAGAUCAUUACGAGUUCAAUAUUCCUGUUAUAACGACAGGUCUGGACGACUUCAAGAAGUCCAUCUUGUUCAAAUCGCUCGACAAACGCCUCCUGACCACCACCAGGCAGAUAUUCUAUUCAGCGCGCGAGGACAUGUCCUCGAAGAACAUGAGACACUUCACCGAACUCAAGAAGGACACCGUAUUCGUCAACGUGUCCUCCGGCCAGAUCAAGGUCGGAGAAUUCAGGAAGUUCGAGGUGCAAACCAAACUCCUCGGCAGCUGUUCCAACGAGAGACAGCUGCGUAGAUCCAUAUCCAGUUGGCUGAGGAACAGGAAGAGGUGGAGAUACAAGACGAUCUCCGUCUGUUACACGUACGACCCGCCGUUCACCAUGAACCAUCUGUGGGACAGUCGGAAGGGUAUGGUUCUGGACAUACACGAGAUGAUCCACGAGAAGAUGGGGAUCAGGACGGUCUUCAAGAGAGUGGCUCUGAUGGAGAAGAGGAAGAAGAAGAGGACGGAGAAGAGAUUGCAGGGCUGGAUGAAGAGCAGGUUCUGCGAUUAUUUCCUGCAGGGUACCAUGGGACGUUUCUUGAACGUGUACGAUUUCACCACCCCCAGCUUCACCGAUAACCUGUUUUGGUACGCCCCAACAGCCGAACAGAUACCCAAAUGGAAGUAUAUUUAUCAGAUACUCUCGAAAACGGUCUGGUACUCUUGGAUCUCUACCAUUUUCGCCCUGUUGUUGUUUUGGUGCUUCACCAACGUGCUACUCGUGAAAACCCGCGAAAAAACUGGGUUUUUCCAGAAGUUAUGGGCAUUGUACAAGCUGGCGGUGGAACAGGAUGUUCUCCUGAAACCCAGGAACGUCACAGAGACCAUCGUGGUGUUAUGCUUGAUCCUGGAGAGCUUGGUGAUGAACGUCGCGUAUAAAUGUAAGUUCAUCGAGUUCCUCUCGGAGGAUAACUACGAGAACCAGUUGAACUCCUUGGAGGACGUGAUGAGACACGAUUUAAAGAUCGGUUUCCUACCGAUGCUGAUCGAUCUGUUCACUCAAGACGAGAAGAUGACGGCGUACCUGAAAACCCACGCGGUACCCUGCGACUUCGGCUUCACCUGCAUAGACAGGACGGCCAACGCGAAAGACAUGGUGGUACUGAGGGCCAAAACCAAGCUGUUGUACCUGGCGAAGAGGUACACCGACGAAGACGGCAGGUUCAAGCUGAAGAGGAUCGGCGCCGUGGUGAGCGGCAUGACGUUCAAUUCGAUCUUCAGGAGGGGGCAUCCGCUGUACCCCAUGGUGGAGAGCGUGCUGUUGGAUCUGCUGGCGCACGGUUUCGUACAGAAGGUGACCAAGGAUUACGCGAGGAUCGCCGAGAUAGCGGAGGAGACGCGGCCGCACCAGGCCCUGACCAUGACGCAUCUGCGACUGUCGUUCGCGAUCCUGGUGUGCGGUUGGAUCUGGUCUGGGUUGUUGUUUGUUUACGAGGUUGUGGACGCUGAUUUUGUUUUGAGGUGCUCCGAUUGGGUCGUGUCGGGGUUCUGUCGGAUGAGAUUUAUGUUUUGGUAUCGUAAAAAGUGAUCUGGCAUAUCGCUGGCUCACUUUUACAGCGAAAAUCGGAAAUUGGUUCGCAACUCGGACUGCCUCGGGAGGCGAGGCAGUUUUUCUAGGUGGAACAAAGUGGUAGCCAGCGAUGGAGAAUGCUUUGAAUGAUCUGUUCAUUCAUUUUA